GGGGGACGAUGAAGAUAGAAGCGCAGUAAGUGGAUAUCACAGAGUGUCAUUCAAGCGCACGGGGACUCUGACCAGGGGUUACUCUGAGCUGUUGGGCUUUGUUCAUUUUUGGGAAUCUUGAUUAGACUUUUCUUGUCUUAUGAGACAGGGCAGGUUUCUGAGACGGGAUGAACAAGAUUAACCACUACCAAGAGUCUGGAAGCCUGGUUACAAUUGACAGAUCCGACUCACGUUACGGUUUCACUUUAAGUAUCCUGUCAGCUCUACUCAAGUCUAAAUCAACUCCAGAUGCAGUCAUCUCACUGUAGUUCACUGCCGAUAACAAUUUCAACAGUUACCAAAUAUUAAACUUCGCCACAGUAACAUGCCGUUCGCAAAUUUCCGAGUCACCGGUUUGCGCCGUUGAAGCGUUAUAGGGUACUGGCUUUGGCCGCUCAGAAGGCUUUGUUUAUUUAUUUAUCCUUUUUUGCUUGCUUUUGAAGGCCCAAAACUUUGGCCGGAUAUUGACAAGCAUCACAGCGCUUCCUACCGAAACAGCUCCACUUGUUGCCGACUUAAUUCGUCUCAGCCCGGCCCGCAUCACGGAGCUCCUUGUUUCUGAGCCGCUCCACUAAGAUCGUCAUCGGCAAAAAAAAGGAUAGUAAUAAAUGCGAAAAUGUUUAAAGAAAUCCCUCUUUGAAAGGUUUCGAGGUAAUAUAAGACCAAAAAAAAGGGGGGCAAGGUUGUUGACAGGUGAUGAUGUUGAGACUGUCAGCUGUGGCCUCGGCCUAGGUGGUCUAGACAAGCGGCACAGCUCAGCCGUUCACAUACGAUAAGUAGGGGACGCAUUCAAUAUCUUGGCCUCACUGUGGCUGAAAGUGCACAUAGAGUUCAUGUGCCUGCGUAUUGAUGGUGAAAUACGCUGUGGCUCUAUGCAUAAGCCCAGGUUUUACGGUGAAUCCGGUAAUGUCCAUUCGCCUGUAGCUUAUUCUCAUGAAAAACAACAACUCGAUUCGAAUGACGAUGUUCCUGCAGUAGGGAAGUGCCAUUGUACGACACAACCCUCGAUCGAAUGGCUCUCAUGCAAUCGUCAACCCAUCACAGGCCUCCAAUGCAGGCCUCGGGUGACAGCUGUCUCAAGACUGGGGAUACGGCAAUCUUUAAACAAACAAGAGAAUAUCAAAACAAAGCAGUUUGAUAAUACGACAAGACUUAUUGAAGCAACCUCCAGCGAUGCUGAAACACUUCAAGAUGCACAACACCAAGAGAGAAAGUCGACGUGUACACUACAGUGCAUCACGUUAAGCUCUCACACGGCUCCCUAGCGUCGAUUUGACUUGUGUGGGUUGUGCCUUUGGGAUGGUCUUACAGGGAUAAUGUGCUGCACCCCAUCCUCUCUGGCGGGUCUUGGCUUACUGGCUAUCGUCUUGGCUUGUGGCGAUUGGAUCCUAAAUGCCUCGCUGUGAUGCAUUAACGCUCUGACAGGAAGAAGGUCAGCGGGGUUUGAGCCUCAAACAACCGGAAUCUGCGGGAGGCUCGGCUGCAACGGGUUCGUUGGUCCUUUUUUUUUUUUUUUUUUACCUCAAUAUUCAAUCGUUGAAGAAGUUUCUUGUGUCCUCGUGCCUCAUGCCUCGUCAUGGUUUAUCAGGUCAUUGCUUCGUGUGUGUUCCGCGCAUCCCGGUAGUUGGUGCUUGAUUCAUGAUGGGGCUAUGACGCAGUCACUGAAACGUAAAAAAAAAACAUGCCUCGAGACAGUUGUGAAUAUCUUUGUCUAGGGGAGGCAAGAUAACUGAGGACCUUUAUACCAAGUGACAAAUAUAACUAAUCUAAAGCCCCUCUAAGCUUAUACUAAACUUACCUAAAUCUUUUUGUCACUUAGAGCAGAGGUCCUAAGUUUUUUUGCUCCCUUGAGGCUUGUCAGACACCAAGGCAAAAGCCAAAGAUCCACGUAAGAUCUUCGCUGGUUAACGUUACUUGCUAAAACCCAGAACUCCCCAGCCUCAGAGAAGAAUCAACUACCGAGAUGGGGGGAUGUCGUCGUCAACACCAGGCUGUGCAGAUAUAUCCCAUGUAAAUGCAUUCAAUUCUGUUAAGGUGAAUUACAAAUACCAGAGUCUAUGAUGUCUACACCAUGAGGCUAUGUUGUCUUGGCUCUCGAUCUUAACAUCGACCGCAUAGCAAUCGCCAUCACUGAUAUGCUUGUCAAAUCAUACUGAUAUGCUCAAAACCUCAC